AUGGAGUCCUACGUGGUGAGCUGUAAAUAUGCUGAGCCGCAGUUCCCGCCUUGUGAGGAAGAUUACAGUAAUUUUACUGACCAAGGGGGGUAUUACAGCAACCCCCAGGACAGUGGUAGUUAUGGAAGGGGUUACCAGUCAAUGCAGCCCCCUCCGCCUCCAUACACACCACAACAAACCGGCUAUCAACAUUCUGUGCAGGGGCAUCACCGGGAGGAUGGAGUGGACCAGUCGCAGCCUCAAAGUGAGCCCUUCCCCGGACACAUACCGACAGAUGCCUCUGGUAAGGAGAGGUUCUCGGUGGGUGACCUGCAGUGCCAUGCCUGGAUGACCUGUGCAAAACCCGCUCAGGUGCAGAGGAAAACGGCCUGCCAGGGCAAAGACAAGCCGCCUAUUGUUGUCUACCCUUGGAUGAAGAAAGUGCACAUCGCUCAGGUUAAUCCAAACCACACGGGUCCUGAACCAAAGCGUAUGAGGACGGCCUACACGCGCCAGCAGGUUUUGGAGCUCGAGAAGGAAUUCCACUUCAGUCGCUAUCUCACGCGACGCCGCCGCGUGGAGGUGGCUCACACGCUCUGCCUGUCAGAGAGGCAGGUAAAGGUGUGGUUUCAGAACCGGCGCAUGCGCUGGAAGAAGGACAACAAGCUGCCCAACACUAAAGGACGGAGCAAGAAUAAGAAGACGACGGACGACAACAACAACAACAACAAUAGCAGCAACAGCAGCAGUCCGAGUAACAUCAAGGCAGUGAUCGCUGUCUGA